GGCAGGAGCAGCGACGGCGGCGCUAACGGGGGGCUGCGGCAGGCGCUGCUGCUACGGCAUCCGGGGCCCGGCCUACGAAGCCGGAGGUGGUGGGGGUAGCGAGAGGGAUCGGCCUCCCGCUUCGGAAGAACCAAGCCAGGCUGCUGCGCAGGCACUGCGGCCCCGUUGUUGCUCUUAGCCGCCGCCGCCCCCUCGAGAGGGCAGGAAGUGACUCUAAAGCCGGGACUGGGCGGUGUGUCCCUGCGCGAAGCACCUGAAACCGCAUAUUUGUCAGCGGAAAGAGGGCGAAGACGCCGAGACCCGCCGAGACCUCCUUCCCCUGCUCGAAAAAGUGAAACGGCGGGGAAGGAAAGGGACAAAAAAAAAAGACCUCCCUUCCCUCCAGCCCCGCUUCUCUCUGGCCUCUCCUUUCGGUCGUGUCCCGCUGCCCUCGCCGAGGUUGGCCUUUUCCUCCUCGGCUUCGCUCUCCUUUUUUUUUUUUUUUUUUUUGAACUCAAGAAAACUUGGCUUGGAUUUAAAGCGUCGCGGAGCGGCCAAAGGGAUCCGCUUGUAGAUGGAGGAAACCGGGACGGCCGAAGUGUAAGAAUGUUGGUUUUGAAAGCUCAGGGAAGAAGCAACAGGGAGAAAAUCACAAUCCAGUGUGCCUGAAAAUGACAACAAAACGGAACUUGUUUGUGCGAUUCGUCCCAUGCCGUUGCUUGCGUGGAGAAGAAGAAACUGUGACUGUACUUGAUUACUCGCACUGCAGCCUGGAGCAGGUUCCUAAGGAAAUCUUUACUUUUGAAAAGACAUUGGAAGAACUCUAUUUAGAUGCUAAUCAAAUUGAAGAACUUCCAAAGCAACUUUUUAACUGUCAGUCUCUAUACAAGUUGAGUUUGCCGGACAAUGAUUUAACAACAUUGCCUGCAUCCAUAGCAAAUCUCAUUAACCUCAGGGAACUGGAUGUCAGCAAAAAUGGUAUACAAGAGUUUCCAGAAAAUAUCAAGAACUGUAAAGUUUUAGCAAUUGUUGAGGCCAGUGUAAAUCCUAUUUCAAAGCUUCCAGAUGGAUUUUCACAGUUGUUAAACCUAACACAAUUAUAUCUGAAUGAUGCUUUUCUGGAAUUCUUACCAGCCAAUUUUGGCAGGUUAACUAAACUCCAGAUUUUAGAACUUCGAGAAAACCAGUUAAAAAUGUUGCCAAAAACCAUGAACAGACUGACUCAGUUGGAGAGGCUAGAUCUGGGAAGUAAUGAAUUCACAGAAGUGCCUGAAGUACUUGAACAAUUAAGUGGGUUAAAAGAAUUUUGGAUGGAUGAUAACAAACUAACCCUUGUUCCAGGGUUUAUGGGCAGUUUGAAGCACUUGACCUACUUGGAUAUUUCCAAAAACAAUAUUGAAACUCUUGAAGAAGGUGUUUCAGGAUGUGAAAGUUUACAAGACCUGCUAUUAUCUAGUAAUUCACUUCAGCAGCUGCCAGAGUCCAUUGGUUGUCUGAAGAAAUUAACAGUUCUUAAAAUUGAUGAGAAUCAGUUAAUGUACUUGCCAGAUUCCAUAGGAGGGUUAACAUCAAUUGAAGAACUAGAUUGCAGCUUCAAUGAAAUUGAAACUUUGCCUUCAUCUAUUGGGCAGCUCUCUAACAUAAGGACUUUUGCUGCAGAUCAUAAUUUUUUAACACAAUUGCCACCAGAGAUUGGAAGCUGGAAAUAUGUAACUGUUUUGUUUCUUCAUUCUAAUAAAUUGGAGGUUCUUCCAGAGGAAAUGGGGGAUAUGCAGAAAUUAAAAGUUAUAAAUUUAAGUGAUAAUAGAUUGAAGUAUUUGCCUUAUAGCAUUUUGCAACUGCAACAUUUGACUGCUUUGUGGUUAUCAGAUAAUCAGUCUAAACCUCUCAUUCCACUUCAAAAAGAAGUUGAUCCAGAAACACAGGAAACUGUUGUUACUAAUUAUAUGUUCCCACAACAACCAAGAUCUGAAGAUGUUAUGUUCCUGUCUGAUAAUGAGAGUUUCAAUCCUUCACUGUGGGAGGAGCAAAGGAAGCAGCGUGCUCAGGUGGCUUUUGAAUGUGAUGAAGAUAAAGAUGAAAGAGAAGCACCACCUAGAGAGGGUAAUUUGAAGAGGUAUCCAACACCUUACCCUGAUGAACUGAAGAAUAUGGUCAAAACUGUUCAAACAAUAGUACACCGAUUAAAAGAUGAAGAGAACACAGAAGAAACUAAUAAAGAAGCAAAGCAAGAAAGCCAACAAGUUUCAGUAAAGGAUAUAGGAGUAAAGACUUUAGAAAUUACUCCAGUGAAAAACAAAAUGGAAAAUGAACAGAAUGUUAUGGGAAACUGUGUGCAGAAACCUAAUGAACCAGAUGAUGAGAACAGUACCAGAAAUUUGCAGAUGAACCAUCAAGUUAAAAUCACAGAAAAUGUGAAGCCAAUUGUUAACCAUGAAGAUACUCUGGAGGAAUCAGAAGAAUUAUCUUCUGAUGAGGAAAUGAAAGUAGCAGAAAUGAGACCUCCUCUCAUAGAAACUUCCAUUAACCAACCAAAAGUAGUAGCACUUGGCAAUAGCAAAAAAGGGAAGAAGAUGAAAAUUCUAACAGUCUUUUGCAAAAUGGAGAAGUAAAUGCUCUGACAGAAGAAAAAAUGAACUUUCCAGAUAAAAUCACAAAUCUAUCUGAAUUCAGUUUAAAUAUUGAGGAGAGAUUAGCUUUAAUAGAGAAAGGUGUUGAACUAAACAAUGCCACUGAUGAGCCUCACAACGUGCAUCAGAUCAACAGGAAUAUCUGCAAAUUAGCUGAAGAGGGACUACAAUCUAAUGUAGUGAAUCAAAUAAAAUCAACAGAGAUGUCAAUUAAGGACUUGAUAAAUGACCAUAUGAAAGAAGAAAUUAAACAAUUGGAAAAUAAAUAUCCAAAUAUAUGCCCAGUAAAUAUUAUCAAUGGACAUUCUGACGACAUGCCACACUCCGCAAAAAAGUCAGAGCUAAAGAGAAGUGCUACCAUUGAAACCGAUUCUUCUUUGGAAAUGUGUCUUUCAAAAAGCACUGAAGACUUGUCUCCACAGAGGAGUGGGCCAGUGGUGAAAUCCCACAGCAUAACUAACAUGGAGACAGGUGCUCUAAAAAUCUGUGAUAUUCUAAAUGACAGUGGAUCCCAGAACCCCAAUCCAGCAAUAAAAUCAGCAGGUAUGGCUGCAGAUGGAAAAAAUAUAGUCCGGAGCAAGUCAGCUACUCUCUUAUAUGAUCAGCCAUUACAAGUAUUUCCUGGAUGUUCAUCAUCUUCUGAUUUAAUAUCUACAAAAACAGCAACUAAAUUUGAUUUGAAUCAUAAUCCUGAAGAUACUAAUACAGUUAUAGGGCAAGGACCGCAUUCCUCACAACCAUUCACUACCCCUCAAUAUAAUAUACAAUACAGCAGCAAUAUUGUACCCAAAGAGUCUUUGUGGCUCCAAAAACAAAAUCCUGUAGCUGAACAAAGUUGUUCGUCUUCUCAGCGCUUACCAAGGCUGGAUAGUACAGAGAGCUGCACUUCUGCAAAACAUUCGGCCAACAUGAAUUUCUCUAACCAUAAUAACGUUAGAGCUAGUGCUGCCUAUAAUAUGCAUCAAAGGAUGGGCAGUAGGCAUAUGGAAAUGUGGGCUGUUUCACCAAAUGACAGGCAUCCUUCUAGUGCAACCCGAAAUACUCUCCAGCGACAGAGUAGUGUGUCUUCUACUGCUUCAGCUAAUGUUGAUCCUGGAUCUUCACGCCGUCCUCUGGUUUCUGAGGGGGAUUAUUUAACGUAUAGGGAUUUGCAUUCAGCGGGAAGAGUCCCGCCAAAAUUGUCAGGGCAACAGAGACCUCUUUCAGCAAGAACACAUAGCAUUGAUGGACCAAAUGUACCCCGACCUCAGAGUGCCCGUCCUUCAGCAAACGAUAUACCAGAGAGAACUAUGUCGGUCAGUGACUUCAAUUACUCAAGGACUAGUCCGUCUAAAAGAACAAAUCCAAGAGUUAAUUCUGAAUACUCUCUGAUGGAUCCUACAGGAAAAAAUAAAGUUCCUCAUGACUGGAGAGAACAAGUACUACGGCACAUAGAGGCCAAGAAGUUAGAAAAGAGCAUGCUGUCACGGUCCUUUAAUUCCAAUUAUGCUCCAGUUAGCAACUUUUACUAUGGCAGCUCUAGGGAUCUGCAUGGCAGCCAGGGCAAUGUUGCUUUGAGUGUUGCAGAUGGAAGAAGUUCUGGUGUUCCAGUUCUUCGUAUACCUUUGAUGAAUGGGCAGAUGGGUCAUCCCUCAAGACCUCAGACAAACUAUAGUCAAAUCCAUCAUGCUGGACCCCAAACAUCGGUGGCAAGACAUCCUUCCAGAGAGCAAUUGAUUGAUUAUCUGAUGCUUAAAGUUGCCCAUCAACCUCCCUAUAGUCAACCUCAAGGCCCAACCAGACAAUGCCAUGAGAUUCGAGUAAGAAUUGAAAAAGACCCAGAACUUGGAUUUAGUAUAUCAGGAGGAGUUGGGGGUAGAGGAAACCCCUUUAGACCAGAUGAUGAUGGUAUUUUUGUGACUAGAGUACAGGCUGAAGGACCUGCAUCAAAAUUAUUACAGCCAGGAGAUAAAAUUAUUCAGGCUAAUGGAUAUAGCUUCAUCAGUAUUGAUCAUGGGCAAGCAGUAUCUUUGCUAAAGACUUUUCACAACACAGUGGAACUUACUAUUGUUCGAGAGCUUUCUUAAACACUGUGGAGAAAGAGGAAAUUCUGUGUAAUUUUUGAAGGACUUGUGGAAAACUUAAUAUUUUGACUAUUUUUGUAUGCAAAACUUUUAAAACUAUGUACAGUAAUAAAAUAAUGAAUUUGUGGUUAUGGGGAAAAACCACUGUAAAGAAUAUAAAUGAAGCAGUUAUGGAAAUGCAUAUGGUGAUUAGAGCUAAAUUGUUUUAAGACAGUGUAGCAAUCAAGGAUCACUCCUCCAAGAACAAACCUGUGGUGUAUUUUGUACAGAUGGUAGGUUUAUUUUGUGGGUAAUUCAUAUACAUUAAAUAACUUUGUGUACAAGGAGCCUCCAUUGUAGCCAGUGGACAGAUGGCAGGGCUUUCUGUCCUAUAGCAGUUUUGUUGCCUUUAAUUUUUCAUUUAUUUUUAGAAUCUUUGUUGAAACCACUUCAAUAGAUAUUGGUAAGAAAUUUUAAAAGUUGGCUUUGCAAUGUGAGUAUUGUAUAGAUGAAUUGCUAGACUGAAAGUGGACUGAUUGGAUUAAAUUAAAAGGCUAGAUAAAAGUAUGAAAUUAAAAGAAGGGGAGAUGAACUUAAUGGGAGAAUCUAUAUGUACCAAUUGAAAAAAAUGCAAUAAAAAUGAAGGUUUUUUUAAAAAGCUGAGUGAAUAAAUAUACUUCUGGAAGUUCUACAGGAUUGGUUCAUAUCAAAUCAAUUGCCUGUCAUAUUCCUACGUGUAAUUUAGUUUUGAGUGUUUUUAAUCACACAUUUUUUUUAAAAAAAUAAUUAUUCUAUUGAGUUGUACUGAAAAGGUACUCUCAUUACAAAAAUUCCUGGUUUUAUAUAAAAUAAUGAUUUUCUUCUGCUUUGUAUGAAAUGCUCCAUAUUCAAAUUAUUUAUACAUUUUUGAAAAGAACCUGAAAUGGCCAGUUUUUGCUGUGUUGCCUGUAAUGUAUGAUGAUGCGUAGACACAUUGAAUUUUAACAUGUGCAUGUUCUGAAUAGAAAAGCUGUGGUCUUUUCAAGGAGGCUUAUGAUACUGAGCCAUAUGAAGAUUGGGCUGCCCCAGAAUAAACGAUUCAGAAAGAACUCUGGAUUUUCGUUGGCCUUCAAUUGCCUUGAGACUAAAAGAAAUAAUACGAUGGAGCUAUAACCAAAGCCAGGUUAUGGGACGCUGUUGCACAGCAAUAGAAGGUUGCUCCCUAUUGUAAAGGGACAGGUAUUUUUUGGGCCCACCAACUUGUAUGAUCUUCUUCAAAGGGCUGUUCCUACAGGUGACAUUAAAUGUGAACUCGACACUUCAGAGUCAUUAAAGGAUUUCUAACUAUAUUAAUGUAAGAGUGAUUUAUUACAAGCUGCCUUUUGUUUAUUAUUACUUGCAUAAAACAUUGGAUUAUAAUUUUGUUUAUGACAAAUGUUUAUGUUCUUCAUGUUCAUGAUGCAACAGAGAUAAUAUUGCCUAAUUCACAAGAUAAAAAGUAAUACAUAGAUAUUAUGGACCACAGAAGAGUGCCAUAGAAGACAACUGUUUUUAAAAGUGAAUGAUCAACCCAUCAUUGGAAAAAUAUUCAUUUAAUUGAAAUUUUAAUAGAAAUUGAUAGUUGUACCAAUCCGUUAAAGAUUUUGCAAAAGCAUACUUGAAUGGAAAAUCCACAUUAGCAGCUCUCAGUAGUUUUUAAAUGAUAAACUUAAAUGAUAUUGCACUUCACUUACCAACUGAAUAUUGUACCGCAUAUAAUUCUUAAUUUUAAUUGAAAUCCUUUAACAACUCUUUAUACAUUAACUUUAGUUGAUUUUAUUAAAAUUUACAUAGGCAUUGUUUUUUAUAUUAGCAGAAAUGUGCUGUAUUUUGGUAAAAUUCACAUUUUUUGUGUGCUGUUAAUCUUUAAAAAACAUAGCUAUAUGUUGACAAGCGUGUUGCUAUUUUAUUUACAAUUUAUUCAGUGACUCACAUUCAUAUUCAUUGCUUUUAACUAUUCAGUCUUUUAAUAAAGAGAAUAUAAAGAAAUGAAAUAAUUAUGUGAUAGAUAAGUUUCAAAACUGAAUAUGGAUUCAAUUUAUCUUUGCAUACAAGAUGUAAGAAUGAAAUAUGUCCCAAAAUAUUGUAUUUUGUAUGAAAUGAGAAAUAUUCCUUAAACUAAAUUAGAAAUUCAUUUGAAUAUUUUUUGUUAAAAACAUUGCCAAAUUUUUUCAUUGUUUAAAGUAACAGUGCAAGAAAAAUGGUGCUUAUUGUCUGUUUGCAAGGAAAUAAAAUUCUGUUUAAAGUUCUUUUGUGGGGAAAAACAUUGUCAGAAUAAAUGUUUGAGGAGAGAUUGUUGAAAAAGAACCUCAUCAAAACAGGAAAACAUUUUUUUGAAGCCAUGGGUAUUUAAUGUUUCUCAUUUUAUCAAAAUAUAUCUGGAAAUUUGAUAGAAUAGAUACAGAAUGGAUCAUGUUAUCAAUUCAGGUUUUUUUGUAAUAGUUCUUUAAAAAAUCAGUUCAAGUGAAAUUUUUGGAAAAAGUCCCACAUAUUUAUUGUGUAAAUAUUUUUUUUUUACUAUUUUUGACGAGUUUAAAAAUGUGUACAUACUUGAACACAUCUGUGAACACAAUCAUAGCAAUAAGAGACACACAGAACCAAGCCUUUAUCAUUAAUUUGCUGUAUACUACUUUUUAAAAUAACUAUUCCCUUGUCAGCCGCUCUGUAAUGUUUUUAUUGAUCAGCAUUUAUUCAGCAUUCCAGUUUUUUGUAUAUAAUUAAAUUGUUUCUGGAGUAACACAUGAGAAUAGAUAAUAAAACUAAUGCUCUUUAAA